AUGCCUAGCAACCAGAUAUGGGAUACAGCUGGUCAAGAAAGGUUUCAAAGUCUUGGUGUUGCAUUUUACAGAGGAGCUGACUGUUGUGUACUUGUAUUUGAUGUCACAAUGCCUAACACAUUCAAAUCACUUGACAGUUGGAGGGAUGAAUUCUUAAUACAAGCCAGCCCACGUGACCCAGAAAAUUUCCCGUUUGUUGUCCUUGGCAAUAAAAUUGAUCUUGAAAACAGAGCAGUUUCGACCAAAAGAGCUCAAGCGUGGUGCCAUAGUAAAAACGACAUACCGUACUUUGAGACAAGUGCAAAAGAAAGCAUCAAUGUGGAACAGGCCUUCCAAACCAUUGCAAAGAAUGCCUUGCUACAGGAAACAGAUGCAGAAUUGUAUCAAGACUUCCCAGAUCAAAUUAAAAUCAACCAAGACCAGAAACCACGAUCAGAUGGCUGUGGAUGCUAAGAAAAAUAAGUGGUCUGUUACCAUUACAGAUUGUCCACUUUAUUUUUCUGCAUAUUUCAGGGCUAUUACACUAAAGUCUCUUGCAAGUCAUGGUAACAACUUUAGGUGGUUUCAAAAAUAAAAUGCUAAAUUAAUUGCAAUGAGGCAGUUCCCGAGAAUUUAGAUUUGCGGGGACUUCAUUUCAAAUUCAGAAACCGUUGAUAUAAUGCAUUCAUCAUGUGUACAUUCUUGGUUGUCCUGCUGCUCCCACUUUAAUCUAGCUUUCAAAGAAUAGUAUUGCAUGAGUGGGAAAUUUCAGUAAAUGUAUUACAUAUUGGGAGCAGUAGUGACAAUUUUUCAAUUUCUUUUUUUUUUGUGAUAUGCAAACUAUAUUAUAAACAUUUCAUAGAUAACGUGCCGUAGACAUUAUCAAAAAGCCACUUGAAUUGUAUCAGGAUUGGUAACAUACUCUUAGAAUCUUUUUUUUUUUUUUUUACACUUAGUUCAAGAAAUGAAACUGGUUUGGUAACGAUGUACAUGUAGUAGUUGAUAGAAUGGUAUAUUUGUGUAUAAAGACUCCUAAAUGUUAUACUGUAAUUUGACAUAUUUCACCAAGUUGCUGUAUGUUGCACAGUAUCACACAAUUUGUACACGUUUCAACGCUGCAUAGUUAUCUAAUAUCACCAGUCAUAUGUGAAAUGAUACUAACUGAAACGCCAUUGCCAUUUCGUUACAAAUUGUUUAACUCAUAAUUUUAAAAUGCAAAAAUAUGUUAAUGUAUAAAAAAAAUAAUAGUGCUGGGGGGGACUGUCAAUUUUGUGUAUAAAUGCUGCUUUGUAUUUGCUUUUUUUGAUGUUAUACUGAUUUCUUAAUCUCUAUACAAAUAACGCCCUUCUAUAUUAUUUAAUCAAUAAAACAAGUUGUAACUAAGAUACAGUGAUACUUUAUGUAACUCGCCCCUGCACUAUUGACACAUUUUCUGAGUACACCUAUUAAUAAUUCUACACAGACUUGUAUUGUCAAUUUAUAAUGUAUCUGCUCCAUGCCACUGAUUAUAGAAAGUGUUGGAAAUCACACCAGCGUAUUGCAAAGCUGGGUCUGUUUUUAUGCAGUGUGUGUGUAUGUGGCUGUACUUCGUAUAGUAUUGCUUACAUAUUUAGUUUAUCACUUUUUUUUAAAUGUGGUAAAAUCAUAUCGGAGACGAUACUGUUGCCGAUAUUAUGUAAACGAAGCUUUUAGUUGGCUUGACUUUUCCCCCUGCUGUUUGUCAGAAAAUAUUCUAAAUAUAACUAGCAAUCAAGUUGUGUAUUUUUGAUUGCCUUAACUCAAUGUAAUAAUAAAGACAUCCUUUCAA